AUGUCGAGGGAUCCAAACAGUGAAUCACAGUCGCCUCCUACGUCAACAGCUCCCAUACCAACACCAAUAAUCACACAACCAACCCAAUCAACCACAAAGAGUGACAAGGACAAGCAAACGACUGCAGCGGGAUCUGCUGCGACGACCAUACCUCAAUCACCUUCUGUCAUACAGGAACAAAAGAAAACUGUGGUACUCAAAGUUGGGAUGGUGGGAGACUCUCAAAUUGGAAAGACAUCACUGAUGGUUAAAUAUGUUGAGGGGUCAUUCGACGAGGAUUAUAUUCAAACGCUUGGUGUCAACUUUAUGGAAAAGACCAUUUCAAUUCGAUCAACAGAAAUCACUUUUUCGAUUUGGGAUUUAGGAGGACAACGAGAAUUCGUAAACAUGUUACCACUCGUGUGCAAUGAUGCCAUUGCCAUACUCUUCAUGUUUGAUCUAUCACGAAAGUCAACAUUGAACUCGAUAAAGGAAUGGUAUAGGCAAGCACGAGGAUUCAACAAGACGGCCAUACCCUUCUUGAUUGGAACAAAGUAUGAUACUUUUGCAUCCUUUCCAAGAGAGGAACAGGAAGAGAUUACGAAUCAGGCUCGAAGGUUUGCCAAGGCAAUGAAGGCAUCCUUGAUCUUUUGCUCUACAUCGCAUUCCAUCAAUGUUCAAAAGAUAUUCAAGAUUGUCCUAUCCAAGGCCUUUGAUCUAAAGUGCACCAUUCCGUGCAUUGAAGAGAUUGGAGCACCUAUUUUGGAAUAUUGA